CAAGCUCCUCAACAAGUUCCAACUCAAACCGUAUUAGUAACAAUGGAUAAAGGAGGACCGUAUAUUCAUAUUGAACAACGAAAUAUGGAUAUUGAUGGAAAUAACCAAGCUAGUGGUUCUGGAAAACCAAGGAACCAAUCAGGACGAAAUGUGAAAGCUAAACUUGAUCCUGAAGCACAGGACGAUGAGGAUAAGGAAAAGAAAAGGAAAACAUCUAAAGGGCCAACUGAGAAACCCCCUAUUGCACAAAUGACUAUGCCUUAUUCUAUUAUUUCUGACCUAAUGCAUACUAAAGCUGAAAUAUCUUUUGAACAACUAAUGAGUUUACCACCGUUUAAAAAUGAAGUAAAAAAGGCAAUAACUCCUCGAAGAAAACGAGCUUCCAAGGAAAAGGGAGAGAAAGGAAAGGGAAAAGCUGAAGAAGCUAAUUUGGGAGAAAGUUCUUUUCGUAAUACUCCCAUGAUUUGUAAGGGACAA